AUGUCCGUCACGCUGCACACAUCCCUGGGUGACCUCAAAAUCGAAGUGUUUUGCGAGAGCGUGCCCAAAACCGCCGAGAACUUUCUCGCCCUCUGCGCGUCCGGCUACUACGACAGCUCGCCCUUUCACCGGCUCAUACCCAAGUUCAUGGUCCAGACCGGCGCGCCCGCCGCCCCCAACCCCCCCGACAACCCCAAGGGCGGACGCUCCGUCUGGGGCGGCGUCUUCGACGACGAGAUCCGCCCGGCGCUGCGGCACGCCGACCGCGGCAUCGUGAGCAUGGCCAACAAGGGGCCCGGCACUAACGGCUCGCAGUUCUUCCUGCUCUUCGACAAGGCGCCGCACCUCGACGGGCUCAACACCGUCUUUGGCCGCGUCAUUGGCGACGACGGCCUCGCGACGCUCGCCAGGAUGGAGGCUGUCGAGGUGGACAAGAAGAAUCGCCCGCGCACGCCGUUUUACAUCGAGCGCGUGACGAUUCACGCCAACCCGCUGGCGGAUUGA